AAUUUCGGAUAGAUCAUAAAGUAAUAAAAAUGAAUUCAGCGUCAUCGUCUUCGUCAAACAUGGAUGAGUUUCUAACUAGUUUAGAGGACUUGCCUGCCAUACUACGUCAAAAUCUCACUCUGAUGCGUAACCUCGAUUCUGGAACACACAAUGUGAUGCAAGGCAUUGAUAAAAUGACGGACGAUUAUUUUAAAUCCAAAAAAUACUUAUCGGAUAAAAACAACCAUUCAAUGGACAACAUACAGCGUCAGUUUGAGAAAGCCAAAGAAUUUAGCGAUGACAAAGUGCAACUGGCUAUACAAACAUAUGCAUUGGUGGAUGAUUGUAUAAGAAAACUUGAUUCAAAUUUGGCCCAGUUUAACACCAAAAUCGAAAAUAAAGUCACAAACGUCCCAGAAAAUUCGGACGAAAGUUCAUUUAAAAGACUUAAAAGAACUGAGGAGAAGAGAGCUAUGAGAAAGAAAAAAAAUGGAAAAAGGGGUAAAAAAACAGCAAGUGCUGCAGUACAUAGCAAAACACUUUUGCUUGGUGGUAACACUAAACCGAUUGCUUCUACCCGUAAAGCAGAGACUGGUGUAUUGGCUGGUGCCGAAGCUGCUAACCUGGCCCAAAUACUCGACAUGCCUGUGGAUCCAAAUGAGCCAAAGUUUUGCUUAUGUAACCAAGUUUCCUUUGGUCAAAUGAUCGGCUGCGAUAACCCGGAUUGUCCUAUUGAAUGGUUUCACUUUGUAUGUGUUAAAUUGAGUACUAAGCCCAAAGGAAAAUGGUUUUGCCCAAUAUGCAAGCAAAGAGGAGAAAAAAAAUAA